AUGAUCUCUAUGUACGUGGAUGUGCACCACAAAACGAGGGACGACAUCCUGCCGCGCCGAGCAGAUACCAAAGCCUUCCGAGGCCUUUCCCGCCCUUGUGUUCGAGUGAGACCGACAUCACGCAGCCAUGAACGGCCUGGUGCACACCGUCCUGUUCACGGCCCUUUUCGGCAGCGCCCUUCAGUGGAUUCCUCGGUGGAGGCGGCACUGGAGGUGGUAGUCGGUGGAGGCUACGGCGGGGGUGGUCUUGGAGGCUAUGGUGGUGGUAGUCUCGGAGGUUACGGUGGAGGGCUUGGUGCCGGUGGCCUCGGUGGAGGAGGAGGCCUUGGUGCCGGAGGUCUGGGAGGAGGCAGUGGCAACGUGGGUGUUGGGAGCAGCGUAGUCCUGCUGAACGGCGGCCGUGCGGGUGCAAGCAAAUCGGUGGCAGGGCCUGCGUUCCUCGUUCGCACGGUGCACCACGUCUCUCAAGUGCAUGGCGGUGGAGCCAUUGUGGCACACUCUGGUCUCGGAAGUGCCGGCGGAGCCGGCAUUGGUGGAGGCGCUGGCAUCGGAGGUGCUGGACUGAUUGGUGGUGGAGCUGGUGGUCUCGGAGGAGGCUACGGAGGGGGCGCUUAUGGAGCUGGAGGCCUCGGUGGAGGUUACGGAGGCGGAGGAUAUGGUGCUGGUGGUGCUGGAGCUGGUGGUGUCGUUGGCAAGCUACUGCUCGUCAAGCAUCACAAGUGAAAUCUGUCACCAGUGUUCUUUAGCGUUUUAAACUCAGUCAGGAUGUAGUGAAGCCACCUGAAGUCUGCAGCGUACUACUCAACUCAAGAGCUUCCACUCCACCUGCUCUUUCACCUCAUUCGACCAAGAGAAGGAUUCCAUGAAUCACUCCUGAAACAGGUUGACAAUGUACGCUGACCGGGAACUCGUUUCCCACCGAAUAAAUCUGUGAUUUA